UGCUUCAUCCACUCUAUAAGAGAUUCCAAAACUUCUAUCUCUUCUCAUUGCUUUUACAUUCCCUAAUCUUUGGGUCUUCAGCAUCACCACCUCCAUUAUCUCUAUGGCCAAACCCAAAACCCUAAUUUCUAUUUUCAUCGUUACCCUCCUCUUCUCCUCACUAGUUACUGCCAAAUCCUCACGUUUCUACCGAAGCAUUCCUCCGACGUCUUUGGGCCUCCAAAAGGAGAAGCUCAGCCACCUUCACUUCUUCUUCCACGACAUUGUCAGCGGCCCAAAGCCCACCGCGGUCAAAGUGGCCGAGGCCCACAUGACCAACACUUCCUCCACCUUUUUCGGUCUCAUGGUGAUGACCGACGACCCAUUGACUGUCGGCCCCGAACCUGGCUCCAAACUCGUGGGAAAGGCCCAAGGAAUUUACGGCUCUGCGGCCCAGGACGAGUUGGGGUUGUUGAUGGUCAUGAACUUGGCGUUCAUGGAGGGGAAAUACAAUGGCAGCACACUCAGUUUGUUGGGGCGAAAUGCGGUGUUCUCCGCCGUCAGGGAAAUGCCAAUCGUUGGCGGAAGCGGUGCUUUCCGAUUCGCACGUGGUUAUGCUCAGGCCAAGACUCACACUGUUGACUUAAAAACAGGGGAUGCUGUUGUGGAGUACAACGUCUACGUGUUCCAUUAUUAACCACUGCUCCAUACAGCAUAAUUCUAAUAUCGGAUUCUUGUCUUUACUUUCUCCUCUUCUUUUAUUAUUAGAUAGAUUUGGCGUUCUUGGAAUAAGAAGUUGUCAUAAUUCUUUCUAUGAUUUCACGUGUCUUACUUUGGUUAAAGGUAAUGGCUUAAAAACGAUUAUGACUUGUGUUAUCAUAUUAGCAUUGGCAUUUAU